UGACUGUAUUAUAUUCAUACCUGAUCUCUAUUCGUUGUGCAUCUGAGGAUUCAGACUGCAUCAUGAUGUUGACCACUGCAGCUCUUAUUCUCAUUCUCACCAGAAAUGUUGUCCUAGGACAGGAUGACAGAUGGGCUGUUAAAGGAGAGAUAAUUCCAUUAAAUAUGGCACCGGAUUCAGUAGAUGACCGGUAUUAUGGUUGUGCAGCCGAGAUGGAAAACUUGGUGAGAAGAGAAUAUCUAUUCAAAGAAAUCUGUGCUAACAUGUCAGGCUUUGGAACAGCUUGGAUGAAAAGUUCAGAAGAAAUCGCUGGACCACAAGAUAACUUAAUUAGAAACCAUCUAAUUGCCAUUUCUGUGUAUACUGGUGUUACAGUAUACAGUCAAUUCAAUCAGGAUGUUAGGACCGGUAAACAGAAAUACCAAAACAAGACAUUCUCAUGGCAUUCCCUUCAUUUUUGGUUGACACAAGCGAUACAAACUCUAAAGAAAACACAGGGGGGAUGCAAGUCAACUUAUCGUCGUACCAAUGUUAAAUUUGAUGGUGUCAAUAACACAGAGAUUCGUUUUGGCUCAUUUGCAUCCUCCUCUAUUAAUCAGAGUGUAGCAGAGGAGUUUGGAAAUGAAUCUUGUUUUGAAAUUGAGACUUGUUAUGGUGCUCAUGUGACAAAAUACUCCCAGAAACCUGAAGAAGUAGAGGUGCUGAUUCCUCCAUAUGAAACAUUUAAUAUCACUAAUAUCAGGAAAGAUCAGAAGGGUGACUGGUGUAAGACUGUGUUUGUGUUGAAGAGCUACAGAAUAAUAAGUAAAUUAAACUGUUCAGUGGCAUCAGUCAGGCCCAAGAAAUUUUACACUGUCAUUAUCACUGACUGA